AUGAUCAAUAGUGGUUCUUGUUCGUCUUUAAUGGAGGUGGAUUAUGAUGAUGAUCAUAGUCAUGAAGAGCUUCAUGUUUUAGCUGUUGAUGAUAAUCUCAUUGACCGUAAACUCGUUGAGAAGUUGCUCAAGAUCUCUUCUUGCAAAGUGACAACAGCAGAAAAUGCGAUUAGAGCAUUGGAGUAUUUGGACGCAUUGACCAAUAAUGAUUUGAAGGUGAAUCUAAUCAUCACAGAUUAUUGUAUGCCUGGAAUGACAGGAUUCGAGCUACUCAAGAAAGUGAAGGAGUCAUCAUAUCUUAAAGAGGUUCCUGUUGUGAUAAUGUCUUCAGAGAACAUUCCUACUCGCGUCAACAAAUGUUUAGCGAGCGGAGCUCAAAUGUUUAUGCAGAAGCCUCUAAAACUAUCUGAUGUUGAGAAACUAAUAAAUGUCAUCUCAUGA